AUGAAUAUGUCCCAGCUCUUGGAAGGCAUCGGCGAGCUGCAAACACAGAUAGAAGAGCUGAACCCCAGAAAUGGAGUCGACAGAGACCAGCAGUCACUCGCCCUGGUGAGCCCUCUCCCGAACUGGAGAGGAUUGCGACAAUUUGACGAAACCAAUCGCGAGCUGAAGGGAAUCAGAGAGUCGAUGGUCGAAGUUAACAACUCUAUCGAAAGAGAAAGGCGAGAAGGUAAAGGAAAGACUGGAUUGGCGAGGGCGAUAGAUGAUCUGAAGCAAAGGAGAUCACGUAUGCAAGCAAAGGAGGAUCGUGCUGAACGAGAGAUGCGGGACCUGGAGCAUCGACUUGAGAGAGCUCGGGCUCGAGAAGAGAGAGGUCGGGAAAGAAGCGGCUCGAGAAGACCGGCGGAACAGGCACCACGAAAGCGGUUGAGGCGCUCAACAGAUCGAUGGCAGGCGACUAUCUUCUUGGCCGGGAGUAUAGAGGAUCCUGUGAUCUCUAUUUCGUAG